AAGCAGAGAAAUGAAGAAAAAGCAGAAAAAUACAACACAGUUUCACACGACACAUCUUAUUGUGUACUUCGCAGUUUGUUUGCAUCGAUCAAGUAUUCAUCCUUCACACCUGUAGACUCUGUUACACUUUCAAACACUUUUGCUGUUAUCCUGGUUUUCCUAUUGAUCGUACAUAUACAGUUUGUCAAAUGCUCAAAUGUUAUGUUCACCGAUAAUAACUUUCCGUGUAUUUUGAUUUUUCUCUGGACUCAACAUUUUUAAAUAAUUACUGAUCAGCAGAUAUGUUAUAUCGCACAAAGCACAAAAGAAAGAGGUUCAGACUUUCGGAGGAUUUAUCAGGAAUUUGCAUACUGAUGAUUUUAUAUACUCUUCAGGGUAUUCCUAUUGGUUUGUCAUCAUCUAUUCCAUAUUUAUUACAAUCAAGUUAUUAUACAGGAAGUUAUCAAGCACAAGCAAAAUUUUCAUUAGUUUUUUGGCCAUUUUCAUUUAAAUUAGUUUGGGCGCCAAUUAUUGAUUCAGUAUAUAGUACACAUAUUGGACGUCGUAAAACCUGGUUAAUACCAACACAAUAUGCUAUUGGCAUUGAAUUAAUUAUUUUAGCUAAUUAUAUUAAUCAUUGGCUAGGACGUGAUCCUAAUAAUCCAUGGAGUCCAUUAGGUACACAUCAUCCAAUCGAUAUAAUUAGUUUAACAAUUGCAUUUUUUGCAUUAACAUUUCUUGCUGCAACGCAAGAUAUUGCAGUUGAUGGAUGGGCUAUAUCAAUUCUAUCUAAAAAGAAUUUAGGCUGGGCAUCUACAUGUAAUGUUGUCGGACAAACAAUUGGCUAUGUGAUUGCAUUUAUCUUAUUCUUAUGUUUAGAAUCACCAAACAUUUCAAAUACAUAUCUUAGAUGGACUCCGGUAGAAGGCAAAGGAUUGAUAACAUUUUCUGGUUUUCUCUAUUUUUGGGGUGUUACUUUCAUGGUGACCAAUACACUAUUGGUAUUAUUUAAACAUGAAAAAGGUUCAAAAUUGGACACUGAAUUUCGUCAAUGUUUAUGUAAAAUGUAUCAUAAAUUAUUUAAACGAAAAACGCUACAAAGAUCACAAAAUUCUAAUCAUCACAAUCACAACUGUAUACAAAGCAUUCAUACGAAUAAUUCAAUCCAAAACACUAUUGUAACUGGACAAAAUUCCAGUUCAAUUAAUUCACCUAACUGUGAAGAUAUUAAUGAAGACAAAAGUAUUACAGAUGAUUCAAAAGUCCAGCUAAAAUCAAAAUGUUUUAAACAAACAAAAGAUCAAUGUUUAAAGACAAAUGAAAUUAUAGAAGACAGUACAGAACUUGAAUUAAUUGACAGAACGAAACACUUACUAAUUAAUAGUAGCAAUAAAAUUAAGCAUCACGGCAAUCAUAUUAACACGGAACCAAUAGACUCUAAUGCCUACUUAAAUGAUAGCACUGCAAUUAUUGACAUCGAUAACAAUGAUAAUGACAACAAUAGAAAUAACAUGAACACUAACAAUACCCAUUCUGACAAUUCUAAUCAAACAAGUGAAACUAGUGAAAAAGAAAACAAUUUAUCACUUGUUGACACAUAUCGUGUUAUGUUCGGUGUGAUUCAACUGAAGCCGAUAUGGCAAUUUUUAAUUCUACUCACUACAGUAAAAAUUUGCCUUACCGCAUCGGAGUCAAUAUUUAGUUUAAAAUUAAUUGAACAUGGAUUUCCAAAGGAAAGAUUAGCAUUGUUUGGUGUUAUAUUACUUCCAGUACAAGCUAUUCUACCAUUAUUAAUUACACGUUGGACUAAUGGGCCAAGACCUUUGGGAGUAUUUAUAAUUGCUUUUCUACCAAAAUUAUUAAUAUCCUCUUUAACAGUUCCAAUUGUUCAUUAUUCAACAUACUUUCGAAUUGUUCCUAAUAAUGAAACACAAGUCAAUUUCAAUCAUUUAUACAACGCUAGUGAUUUAAACAAUUUCACAGAGACAAUUAAUUCAAUGCAUUAUUCAUCAAAUAUACGAAAAGAUGUGAACUAUUCAUUUGAAUGGAUAUUUUAUGUAUUUUUAUUGAGUAAACUUGUUACUUAUUCAAUUAUAUCAAGUAUAAUGAUGGUUGUACAAGUGGCAUUUCAUGCAAAAAUCAGUGAUCCAAAAGUCGGUGGAACGUAUAUGACACUUUUGAAUACAGUGUCAAAUAUUGCUGGUACCCUACCUAAUACUUUGUUUCUUGCACUUAUUGAACCAUUAACAGUUCGUUCAUGUAUUUUGAAUUCACCAUUCAAUCAAACAACAGUUCAAAGUUUCAAUUUAAACAACACAUUGACAUAUAAUGCUAGCAGCCUUCAAAUUAAUUAUAGUAAUCAUCAACAAGAUUCAUUUUAUAUCAGAGAUAAAUUGAUUAAAGAAUAUAAUGCCACAUGUAAACCACCUCAAGGAAUAAAAGCUUGUGAAGCUAUUAAUGGGACAUGUGUUACACAAUUAGACGGUUUCUAUUUAGAAGUUGGAUUAUCUGUAGUAUUCGGUUUAAUUGUUUAUCCACUUCUACUUUAUCCAAUGGCUAAUCGAUUAGAUGCCUUACCAAGUUCAGCUUAUUCAUUUCAAUUAACCGGAGAGGAUUGUUGGUGUCAACGUAAAAUGAAACGUAAAUUACCCAUAGAAGAAACUGUAACUGAAUGUUCACAGUUGAGUACUGGAUAGAAAAGAAUAAAUAUUCAUUAACACAUACAUACAUACACACAUAUAUACAUAUAUAUAUACAUCAUUCAUUCUAUUUUUGUUUGUUUCCCUCAUUUCCUUUUUCAAAUUAUUCAAUGAUUGAAAUUUUGUUUAAAGUGAAUACAUUAAAUCGAAGCGCGCGCGCGUCCGCACACACACACACGUACUCACCAAGGGUUUUUUUUUGUACACGUCAGUUUCAUUUUACAAGUGAUUCAUUUGUCCAACUACUUACUCUACUAAACAAACAUUUUCACUUGUCUUUCAUCACUCCCUCUCUCUCUCUCAUUUGGUUGACUCUUGUCUUCAUUAUAUUGUUUGUUUGAAUUCAUCCACUCUUUGUUAUAUAUUACUUACUAACUACUAUUACUAUUAAUGAUUUUAGUAGUAUUACUCCUGCAAAGGGAAAUAAAUAGCCAUAAUGCUUUUUCGUGUGUGUGUGUGUGUGUGCGUGCGUGCGUGCGUUUAAAGUCCUUUCUCGAUAAAAAUGUUUGAAGGGAAUAAGGCUAGUUUGUAAAUGUUAAUCAUAAUUGCUAAUAACUACUACCAAUACUACUAAUAUUAUUAGUAGUAGUGAUAGUGGUAGUGGUGGUAUUCAGUGCUUACACUCACCAUCAUUACUUCUAUAUUUAUUAUUAUUAUUAUUACUACUACUGUUGUCACAAUGAGAUGUCAUCAACAUAUAUUAUCAUCAUUGUUGUCUGUGAAUGAAGACUAUUCUUUGAGUAAAAAGAACAAGCUAUCUGUAUGUCUUUGUGUCACUUAGUGUAUGUAUAUGCGUGUGUGUAUGCGUGUGUGUGUGUGCCUGUGUGUGCGUGUGUGUGUGUCCGUGUGACUACUAGACAAUCGUGUAUUGCAUUGUUCAACAAGCAACUUUAUUGUAUCCUCAUAAGACAAUCUUGUAUAAUACAUAAUUUAUUCUUGUACAUCUAUGCUUUUAUCAUACUACUAUUGCUAAUAAUAAUAUAAAAGAAUGAAAAAAAAUAUGAC